UGUCCAAAAGGACAAGGCGGUCAGAAGAUUUUAUUCCUUAUUUUUCUAUUUCUUCGUUCACACGAUAUUUAAUAGUUUCAUUGUUAAUUUCAUUAUCACAAAUUGGAAUAAAUAAUGCUUUUCUUUUUGGAGGAGGAGGAGGCGGCGGAGGUACUUGUUGUUGCUGCGGUGGUGGAGGCCCACCACCACCUCCCCCUUGUUGUCCUCCUCCACCAUCAUGCGGUUGUGGAGGCGGAGGAGGUGGUGGAGGAGGCUGUGGAGGCGGGGGAGGAGGAAAAGUUGUUGGUUAGUAAUUUCGAAACCUUUGAUAUAAAUUUUUGUUUUUUUCUAGUAGUUAAUUGUGGAGGUGGAAGUGGAGGCGGAUGUGGUGGCGGUGGUGGAGGGUGUGGAGGCGGGGGAGGAGGUUGCGGAUGUGGUGGAGGUGGCGGAGGAGGAGGUUGUGGAUGUGGUGGCGGCGGCGGAGGUGGAGGAGGUUGCGGAUGUGGUGGAGGCGGCGGUGGAGGAGGUUGCGGUUGUGGAGGAGGUGGCGGUGGAGGAGGAGGUUGCGGUUGUGGAGGAGGUAAUUUCUAA